AUGUCUACGGCUACGGAAAAGAGCGAGCUCAAGAUUGAGGGCGUCGUCGAGUCGGCCCAAAACCCUGAAACUAGCACCACCGCCGAGGAUGCCGAGCGGAAAAUCCUCGAGGAGUCCAGGAAGGCCGGUAUCACGGCUUUCACAUUCGACCCUGAUGCGAGCCCGGAAGAAAAGAAGCGCCAGGCCAGAGCUGCCAUCCCCGAGGGGUUCUCCAGUAAACGACCUCAUGGCGUCUCUAUCGUGACCGAUGUCGGUGACGACAAGGCCCCGACAGCUGAUUUGCCCCCACCAACCACGGAGGGCGCUAUCGAACUAAAAAGAGACGAGGAGGGUAACGUUGUGGACGAUGACGGCGCCUCGGACGGCGAGAAGCCCUUCGAGCGCACUGGAUGGGCCCCACGCCUCGGCUGGCCCGUCGAGGUGUCGACCGAGAGUCUCUUGGACCAUUCUACCUGGCUCGAAAGUAACAUUCCCGACGCCUUUUAUGGCGACUGGUAUCACAACGCCGCAAUCAUCGUCUUUGCUUGCAUAUCGUCCUGGCUGGUCGCUGUCUUGGGAGGAGGUUUGGGUUGGGUCUUCAUCCUCAUGGCCGUCUGCUCCACCUACUAUCGAACUUCCAUACGGCGUGUUCGCCGCAACUUCCGGGACGACAUCAAUCGCGAGCUCUCAUUGAAGAAGCUGGAGACGGAUCAAGAGUCGCUGGAAUGGAUAAACUCCUUUCUAGUGAAAUUCUGGCCCAUCUACCAGCCCGUCCUGGCCCAGACCAUCAUCAACGUGGUCGACCAGGUUUUGAGCUCCGCGACGCCAGCGUUUCUCGAUAGCCUCAAGCUGAAGACCUUCACUCUCGGCUCCAAACCUCCUCGAAUGGAACACGUCAAGACCUACCCCAAAGCUGAGGAUGACAUCGUUAUCAUGGACUGGAAAUUUAGCUUCACCCCCAACGAUACGGCCGACAUGACAGCUAGGCAGAUGAGAAACAAGAUCAAUCCCAAGGUCGUCCUGGAAAUCCGCGUCGGCAAGGCCAUGAUCAGCAAAGGCCUCGACGUUAUUGUGGAGAACAUGGCAUUCUCUGGCCUGAUGCGCCUCAAGGUUAAGCUACAGGUGCCCUUCCCCCACGUUGAGAAGAUCGAGAUGUGUUUCCUGGAGCGCCCAACCAUCGACUACGUGUGCAAGCCCCUGGGUGGGGAGAAGUUCGGUUUUGAUAUCAACUUCAUCCCCGGACUGGAGAGUUUCAUCCUGGAGCAGAUCCACGGCAACUUGGAGCCCAUGAUGUACGCGCCCAAUGUCUUCCCCAUCGAAGUAGCAAAGAUGCUGGCCGGCACCCCGGUAGACCAGGCCAUCGGCGUGGUUGCCGUCACUCUUCACGGAGCCCGAGGCCUGAAAAACUCCGACAGAUUCUCUGGCGAAACAGACCCUUAUGCCGUCAUCAGCCUCAACAAGAGACAGGAGUUGGCUCGAACAAAGCAUAUCCGGGAUACCUCAAGUCCCCGGUGGAACGAGACGCACUACAUCAUCGUUACCUCCUACAACGAUACCCUCGACAUCCAAGUCUUUGACUACAAUGAUUUCAGGAAACACAAGGAACUGGGGAUGGCUUCCUUCCCCCUGGAGCGCAUAGAAGAGCUCAAUGUCUAUGAGAACGAACAGCUGGAGGUUAUCGCCGACGGAAAGGGACGUGGCAUGGUUUCCGCCGACAUUCGCUUUUUCCCUGUGUUGGGGCCGACCAAGUUGGAAGACGGGACGGAAGAGCCGCCCCCCGAGUCGAACACCGGUAUUCUCCGGUUCACUGUCGAACGGGCGAAGGACCUCGACUACUCGAAGAGUCUCAUCGGCCAACUCAAUCCUUAUGCGAUUCUUCAUCUAAACGGGCGGGAUGUGCAUCACACGAAGAAGCUGAAGCGGACCAACAACCCCAUUUGGGAAGAUGGGUCCAAAGAGAUGCUCAUCACGGACAGGAAGAACGCUAAACUGGGUGUUACCAUCAAGGAUGAUCGCGACCUUGCUGGCGACCAGGUGGUUGGAAAGUAUCAGAUCAAGCUCGAAGACAUCCUUGAAUAUACGGAGAAUGGACAAGAGUGGUUCCAGCUCUCCGGGGUGCCUACAGGACGGGUCAAGAUGAAGGCCCAGUGGAAGCCCGUUGCAAUCUCUGGGGUUCUUUCUGGGACUGGUGGUUACAUCACCCCCGUUGGCGUCAUGCGCUUCCACUUCAAGGGCGCUCGUGAUCUGCGUAACUUCGAAGCGCUGGGCAAAUCUGACCCCUAUGUCCGCGUUCUGCUUUCGGGUCUGGAGAAGGCACGCACUGUAACCCAUUUGAACACCCUCGACCCGGACUGGGAUGAGGUCUUAUACGUACCCGUUCAUUCUAAUCGGGAAAAACUCAUUCUCGACGUCAUGGACGCCGAAAAGCUGGGCAAAGACCGCAGUUUAGGUCAUGUGCAAAUUGCUACCGGAGACUUCGUCUCACAGGACGAAAACGGAGAGUAUCUGGUUCAUGACAAGAAAGACUACAGAGAAGCCGGUCUUCGACUCCACGGCAAGGGCAUUGCCAAGGGCAUCCUCAUUUACAACGCUGCCUUCUACCCGUGUCUGAACGUUGCCGACCCCGAAGAAGAGGAAGACGAAGAAAAACAAGACGAGAACAAUGCCGCUGAGGAGACUAGUGAAUCGCCCGUUGCACGUUCUGCCGCUGCUGGGAAAUUCAACGCUACCCUUGAUAAGCCCCAGUCGGAGGCUGAACCGACAUCGCCGAAGUCACCCAUAACACCCACGGUGGGCAAGCCCCCCAAUGAUCUGCCCAGUCCGCCCAAGGUGCACCUGUUCCCUGAACAACUGCUCAAGUACGAGAGUGGGCUACUCAUCUUCAAACUGAUGGAAGCCGAAAUGCCCGAAUCCAACACCCAGAUCGAAGUGUGGGUCGACGACAUGGCUUUCCCGUCCUACACAUCCUCCGCCGCCAAACAUAGAAAGCACAAAUUUGACGAGAUAGGAGACUGUGUCAUUCGUGAAAUUGACUUUUCUCGCCUUACGCUCAAGGUUCGGGAGAAGGGCCACGCAGUUGAGGGACGUGAGAAGGAUAAGGAGAAUACCAUUGCCAAACUGCAAGGAAACACCCUCGAUACCUUGAAGCAAUGCUUGAACAACCCCACGACUCUGAAACUCAGGGACAGGGACGGCCGGCCCUGCUGUGUCAAGAUCAGCCUGAAGUAUAUCCCCUUGAAGAUGAAGCUGGAUCCAAGCGAAAGCAUCAACAAUAUGGGCAAUCUCCGACUUGACGUGCUGGACGCCGAGAAUCUUCCCUCGGCGGACCGCAACGGCAAGAGUGACCCGUAUUGCAAGUUUGAACUCAACGGCGAAGAAGUGUACAAGACGAAGGUGCAGAAGAAGACUCUCCAUCCCGUGUGGAACGAGUUCUUCGAAAUUCCAAUACCUUCGCGUACUGCUGCCAAUUUCAAGGUGGUCGUUUGGGAUUAUGACUUUGCCGACAAACCGGACUUUCUUGGUGGUGCAGACAUUAACCUCGAGCAACUGGAUCCCUUCAAGCCCAGCGAGACGAGGUUGACGUUGGAUGGGAAAUCGGGCUCCAUCCGCUUGAGAAUGCUCUUCCGACCCGCGUAUGUUGCUCGCACGCGUCAGGGAACCUCGACCUUCUCGGGUACUUUCGCGGUUCCCGGCCGUAUCGUGACCGGAGUGGCUGGCGCCCCGGUCAAGGCUGUAGGCGUGGUCGGCUCGGGCGUCGGUGGAAUUGUCCGCAACAUCUUUUCUAGGGACAAGAAGGACGAUGACGGGACGACUACGAGUUACGACACUCCCACAAUCACAGAGAAUGGACAUGAGCUCAAGCACUCCAGCACCCUGGGCCCCAUCCCAGAUGGGGACGAAAGCCCAGUCAGUACGCGGCCAACCACGGCCAACCCCGGCGCCACGAACGGCGCCGCAACUCUUGGCCAUAUUGGCCACAACAGGAGCAGGAGCAUCGGCGCAUCAUCAGUCUACAGCACCAAUCCUCCGAGCCCCGGAUCCGGCCUUGCUACCCUUACAGUCGUUUCGGCGUCUGGAUACCCGCCGUCUUCUCAACUGUAUGUCGUCCUUAGCCAACUGACGCCCAAGGUAAAAACCAUUGGGAAGACGGCUCAUCACAAGGACCCGAGUGGAGCCGUAACUUUCAACGAAACGUUCAAGUGGGUCUGCACACCAGAUACGCAGUUCAAGAUCGUGGUCAGAGGGGACAAGACAUUCCGCAGCGACGAGGAAUUUGGCGAAGGCCUGUACGUCGUGGAUGAGACGGGUGCGGCCGCCGACACAGAGGUAAAGGUCGGCAGUGGCACCGUCGUCGUGAGGAGCACCUUUUCCCCGUCCGGUGAAAGCUCUUCCAUCCAUGACAGUCCCAAGUCAUCCAUCCGACGCGGCUUCCUCAGCAAGCGAGAGAGCAAGAGUCGCGAGGGUACCCCUAGCUGA